GCAACAAUUGAAGAAAAAUGUAAGAGCCAAGUUUGAAGUUUAACCUUGUUGUUGUUUGUUAGUCUCUCUCUUUGCUCCUAGGUUGUACUUAUGGUUAAUACAACUAGCGAUUCGCCCUCGCUCGGUUAUCUACCUGUAUUUCUUCAGGGUUGCGCAACUCUGAAAGAACUGUCGCUUCCAUCUGCUGCUGAGAUUCGUAACUUCACUUGCCGAUGUUCUGGUAGAUUUGGUGAAUUUCUUUAAAAUACACCGUAGCUGUGUUAGCUUCUAACACAUGUUGUGCUGUCUGGUACUGAUUAAUUCAAAACAGGCUUCGUAGAUAGGCCAAUUGUAAUUGAUUAUUACUUUUUCCGAAACUUCGCUUUGCCAAAUCCUAUUUGCAGCGUCAUAAAUUAAUUUUCCAAGACAGGAAGCCCUUUCACUUUGAUCGCAGAAUGGAUUGUUGAAGAUUUAAGGAAUGUUUAGUAACUUCGCAUUCGUAUUCUGUGUUCGGUAUUCUCAAGAAAUCUGUUCGAAAUCCUUUUUACACUAAAUGUUCCUUGCCUGUAUGGUCAGUCCACGUGGCCUAGGCUUUUUGUUUUACAGAAAGUUGAUUGUCCUUUAGUUAAACUUUUCAUAUUGCUCUCGUAAUUUUUCUUACAUGAUUUCCUUACCUGGAGUCCAAACAGUCGACUAAACAGGAUUCAUAUGAUGGUCGGUUGUAUGUGUAUUUUAUAUUCUAGUCAUCAUCAACGUAAAGUCUGGCAUAAAUGUACGUUAUUGCAUGCUGCCAUAUCGCAACAUCAAGAUAAGUCGUCUUUUAUGAAUGAAUGAAAAGUGUAGUAGCGAGUAUAAUAAGAAUGACAAUGUCGAGAAUGUUACACAUAAUUUGUUUUUGUAGACCACACUGAUUUAAUUCACAUAUCCAUAUUUUCUCUUUCAGGUUUUCAACAAGCGAAAUAAUCUUAACUUUAAACAUAAACAUUCCUGGGUAGUUGUAGAAGACACUUAUAGCCGGACGGAAACGUAACAUUGCCAUAUUUUUUCUUGGAGUACUGAAGUUAUUCUUUGUUGUUUUAUUGUGUUAUGGGUUGCCACGUUUCAGCUGAUAGUUCUAAUAGCUUUACAUGGGACGACUAUCUUAAGAAAACAAACGGUCGCCCGGCGAAGUUGGAGUGCUUUAAACAGUCUCUCGUUCCUCCGCCAAACUAUUUCGAGGUGAAUACUAUUCUAGAAGCGGAAGAUCAACGUAGCGCAGCUCUUGUUCUCAAUCCAUAUUCAAACGACUUAAUAAAAGCACGUUAUGCUAAUAAUUCUACUAUUUGUAAUCAACAGUUGUUGGAGACCCCAUGUAGAAGGUCCAGUCUGAAUCCUCACUCCAGUGGAACUGUCCGACGCUUCAGAGCAGCUUCAUUCAGUUUAGCUCGAGUGAUAGAAACGUGUGGUCCACGUUUGAGAAUACGUUUGGUUGGAACUGAUGAUCGUAAUGAUUAUUGGUUCUUAGUUGAUUCCGAUCAAAUCAGACCUUAUCCUUCUGGAAGUCCACUACAACCACCCUUUGGUUAUAUGCAUAAUCAUCUUGUGUGGAAUCGUACUCUUAAGAAAGCAACUGAAGGAACGCGUUUUGCAGAUCCUUCGUGGUUCAUUUCACAACCACCAGAUCCAGAGGAUAAUUACUUCCAAGUGAAUGACAAAUUAGAGGCAGUAGAUCGUAGAAAUACUCAACUGAUAUGUCCUGCAUCUGUAGGCGCAGUGAACGGCCACCAUAUUUUGAUAAAUUUUGAUGGAUGGUCAGGAGCUUUUGACUAUUGGGCUCGUUUCGAUAGUCGUGAACUAUUUCCUGUCGGUUGGUGUAAAUCAGCCAACUACCCUCUUCAGCCACCUGGACCAAAUGUUAUACGUUCUCCAAUUAUUCAUUCAACCCCUAGUUUCUUGUAUGCUCAUAAUUCUGUUUCCCAAGCUCCAAGCAUCUCACCAAAAUAUCUAUCUAAAGUACUUACUAACAGUUGCAGUCAUAUCACAAAGACAGAUAAAACGUCCUCGUGUCCUCGUAAAAAGUUUGGACUUUCAAGAAGAAUUAAAUCGCAUGCAAAUUUAGUUAGGAGUAGUUUGCAUGACGAAACAGAAAGCUCAACACCUUUCAGGAAUCCUUGUGAGCUGUCAGCAAAACAACCUCUAAGUAUAAGGAGUUCAUUUUCUCCAGUUUUAUCAAUGCCAAAUCAUAAUAGCGUUGCUUCCGACCAUAUGGAUGCCAAUAAAAAUGAACGUGUUGAUUUGUUUGUGGAAACUAAUUCCCUAAAUACUUCACAAGUUGAUUCUUCCAUUCGGUCCUUGACAUCACCACCCAUUGUCCCUCCUGUUCUAGAAGAUGCAAGUGAUUCUUUAAACACGUUUUACUCUUCGUCUCCCCCUGAACAUCCUCCACGAAUCGAAGCUUCUGAAUUUGUAAGUGAUUCUUCGAACGUACGUCAUCGACGUUUCAGUGGCCCUUCCGAUUGCGUUGUGCGUCUUCAAGCGAAAUCGUCACUAAUACCAAUGUCCAACGUGUCACAUCCUUAUGAGCCAGAAUUGAAAUCAUGGAAAGUAGUAACAAAAACUAAGCAAAAGAGCAAACAACACAAGCUGAAGCGUCGCAGUGGAAAUUCAAAGAAGAAACGUCCCGAUAUAAAACAGAAAUUCAAAAUAGCCAAUUUAACUAAUUCGGUGCUGUGCGACUAUGAGUAUGUUGAUUCAGUUUCUCCUCAGUUGAAAGGCUUUUCUGAUGUGAGUCAAAACUAUGAAAAGUCAAUCGCUUAUCCAGAAGGCAAUCCCAAUUUGUACAAAAAUGAAGCUGCCAAUUCUACCGCUUUCUGCAAAAACGAUUCUGCAUUAACGUGUACUCCUGUCUUCAUGGGAGAUAGAAAGAGUUUAUUUAAAUCGGAGAACGAUCGAAGUAAUAGUGCAACCAUGGGGUCAAGUUUAGUCUUUCAAUCACAUAUCUCUCAUGAUAUCAUGCAUACGAAUGGCUGUUACUUUGACGAAAUGAAUUCCCCUUCUCAUGAUAAUUUAUCUGUUGAAACAUCCGAUUCACAUUUGUGGUUUUCUGGAAAGUUAGAAUCUAAUUCUAAUAAAUCUUCUUAUCCUAUGUACGCUCAUCAAAAUGUUGAUAGUUUAGAUAGUCAGAGUCUAACUACACAUCUUCCUUCGUCAACAGUAUCUCCUUCAUCACUGGAUAUCUUAGUUGGUGAAAUUUCACAAUAACUGAUCCAAUAUCAUAAUGAGUACUCUACGUUUAACUUCGAUAAAGCCUAUUUGUUUAUUCUUCUGCAUCCAACUGUCAGUCACUUCAAGUCAAGUGAAGUAUAUUGGUCGAAAAAUAUUAGACAAAGAAAAACACAAUACGCAUACAAACGAUAGUUUGAAGUUGCUGGCCAUAAUUCACUUAUCAAAAUUAUGUAUCAGACGACUAACAAGAGACAUUUCACUCAUCAGUUUUAACUGUUUGUGUAUAAAAUUUCAGAUUUAGGAUCGUUUCCUUUUCCUAAUCCUACUCAGUGGACCAUUGAAGAAGUAUACAACUACAUUACGGCUCGUGAUGCUACUCUCCUUGAAGCAGCGGAAAAAUUCAAACAUCAUGUAUGUUUUUUUGUCAUCAUUAAUGCUGUCCGUUUUUUCUUACUUAUUUCCAUAGCUCAAACCAAAGUGGGUCAUUCUUUUAUUUUACAAAUAAUUACUAGUCCUCAGGUUUUAUGUUAUGGUGUUUUUUCCAGCACGAACGAUGCUUUGUGUACAGGAAUCCAGAAGUCUUACGAAGUAGGUCAGGUAUCAAAUUGAGACUGGAAAACGCAAUAUGCUAAUUUAGGAUGUUUUUAGUUCUGGAUGAAAUCUUUUGUUACCUAGCAAGUUACAUUUUUUCGUAUUACUGCUGGAUUAAAAACUUGAUUAACGUUCUCAAUCAACCUUGUGUUGUAACACCGAUACUUUGAUAGUAAAAAUACCCCUUAUUGUGGUGUACAAAUCGCAUCAGUUAAUCGUGCAGUUCUCAAGUUUAUUAGUCUUAUAAUUAGCUGGACAACGUCAGUUAAUACUAAUGCUUGUAUUUAUUACAGAGAAUAAUUAGUUUGGUUUUUUCGAUAAACCUCCAAUUAUGACAAACCAUAUUAGCUUUGUCCACCGGUUAUGCGCAAUAUUUACCUCUUGAAACACUAGUAACCGAUUUUUUAUGUUGUAGUCGGUCAAGAACCGUUUUUGACGAAUUAAUCUCUAGUGCUAGUAUCUUCACUAGCUAUCUUCAUACUAUUAUUUAGCUGUAUUUUAAAUAAACUAGUGAAAAAUAAUAUAUUAAUAUUGGAGUCUCUGGUUAAUCCGAGUUGAUGACCGCUUUUAGUACUUUAUUUUAUCUAAUUUCAGUAGUUGUAAUACUAGUCAUUCAGUUAUACGCAAAACAGAACCUGACAUACGAGUAUAAGUAAAAUUAGCUGAAUUCGGUCAGAUCCCUCAGGCUUUACUUGUCUAAUAAAGGCACAUCGUUAGCUCUUGAGACGUUAAACGAACACUUAUGAUGGUUUUCUAUGGUUAUACAUUAAGUAUUCGUACCUUUUUUCCAUUGUAAAGUUUGUAUCUUUCUGCCAAUAUACUGUGUGGUCAGUGCAUCCAUAAAUUUGAUAUUGUAUUAUGUGUAUGAAGACUUAAAAAAAAUAAGUAGAUGUAUUAUAACUCUUCUGUUAUAGGAAAUAGAUGGCCAAGCACUUCUUCUUCUUAGCAUGGAAUCACUGCGUAAUUAUAUGAAGAUUAAAUUGGGUCCGGCUUUGAAAAUGGUUCAUCUUAUCAGUCGUCUAAAACGGGGGUUGCUGUAAAUGCUAGUCUUCGGAGUUUGACUUUUUUUUGAUCCUUUAUAUUUCAAUUAUACGAUCCGGACAAUAACGAUAUGUAGACGAUGAAUGUUCAUAAAUCUUCUUUAAAAUUUAUGUGUAUCUCUGUUUCAAAUCUAUUUUCUUAGUACUCAAAGCAACAGAUCUUUAUGAGUUCAAUGUAGUUGAAUUCAUUUGGUUAUAUAACUGUUCAAUACGAAAAAUCCUUUUGUCAACAAGACUUUUGUUUUUUCUCAUUAAAGCUAACGUUACCA